CUCCUCCUCCCCGUUCCUCCUACUGAGUCACAUCACGCAUCGCGUAACCUUUUAUUUAAAUAAAUCAGGGGAUCCUCCCUGUCCCGAAGUCACAACUUCACGGCGCAACAGAGAGAGAGAGAGAGGCGGAGAGAGCAAGGUCGACACCGACGCGAACCUCCACCACUCGAGCGCCUCUCAAGUUGAGCUGAAGAAAGACACAGAGGUUUGGGAACUUUACUCCGACUGCUCUUCUCCUGUUACCCACGCGCACACGCAAGAACGUGGCAUCGAACCAGCCCAGCCAUGGAGCCCGUGCCUGCGCUCGUUAUCGUGGCCUGUCUCUUUCUACUUUACCUUGCCCCCGUCUCUCCAGCGUCGCCGUACGACGAUAGAUCGCAGUCGACCGACUGGUCUGAGUGCAGCCGCACCUGCGGCGGAGGAAUCAUGUUCCGCCAGAGUCCGUGUCACCCUCGCAGGAACAAUGUCGGCUCGGACUGCACGGGGUCAGAAAGGACGUACGCUUUGUGCAACACGGAGAGCUGCCCGGACGGCUCGCGCGAGCACCGCGAGGAGCAGUGCGCGCAGCGCGAGCAGCGCGAGUUCGAGGGCCGAAGGCACAAGUGGGUCCCCUACUACGGAGCCCGCGAUAAAUGCGAGCUGAACUGCAUGGUGCACGGUCACAACUUCUACGUGCGCCAAGCGGAGGCCGUGGCGGACGGCACGCCCUGCGAGCUGGGCGGCCGAGACGUGUGCGUGCAAGGGGUGUGCCGGACCGUGGGCUGUGACGGGAGGCUCGAGUCCGGCCUGGUGGAGGACUCGUGCCGCGUGUGUGGCGGCGACGGCUCCUCCUGCGUCCCAGUCACCGGCGUCUUCAACAAGCCCGAAGUUCCCCGGGGCUACGUUCAAAUCAUUGUCAUCCCAGUCGGAGCGACGAACAUCAAAAUUCAAGAAUCGUCUGCUUCUAGAAAUUACCUGGCCAUCAAGAACCCGCUCGGCCACUACUACCUGAACGGGCACUGGACGAUUGACUACUCUCGCUCGUUCCCGGUCGCCGGCUCCGCGCUGCGCUACGAGCGUCGCGACGAGAGGGACGAUUCGCCGGAGGCGGUGACCCUCCUGGGGCCCAGCACCGAGCCGCUCGUCGUGGAGCUGAUCAGCCAGGAGCGGAACCCCGGGGUGCAGUACGAGUACUACACGGUGUACGACGCAGAGGAGCUCUCCCGUCGCGGCAUCUGGAGCCACAGCUCCUGGAGCCACUGCAACAUGGAUUGCGGCGGAGGACAGCAGACGCGAACGGUGUACUGCACCCGGGACAACGAGGUGACGCACGAGCACUUCUGCGGCGAGCCGAGGCCUCGCAGCAACCAAAGCUGCAACACCCACGCGUGUCCACCCGGCAUGUGGUUGUCGUACCAAUAUAGGCCAGAGGAAUGGAGCUCAAAGCGAGCGGCCAGUUCAUCCACCUACAGGUGGCAGGCGGGCGCUUGGGGGCCGUGCUCGGUGAGGUGCGGCACGGGCGUGCAGGCGCGCCCGGUGUCGUGCCUCCGGGAGGACGGGCGCUCGGGCCAGCUGGCCGUGGUGGACUCCGUGCUGUGCUCCGCCACGCUGGGCGAGGGGCCGGCGGCCGAGCAGGCGUGUUUCCAGAGGGCCUGCCCGGAGUGGGUGGUCGGGGAGUGGUCCGCCUGCUCGGUGCAGUGCGGGCCGGGCCAGCAGACGCGGGAGGUAACGUGCGGCUCGAACGACGUGUACGGCUGCGGCGACAGCAAAUGCGUCUCGACAACGCGGCCAUGCAACCUGGGCCCCUGCCCCACGGCGCAGUGGGUCGCCAACAGCUGGAGCCCCUGCUCGGUGUCAUGCGGCGAGGGCGUCCAGCUACGCAUGGUGUUCUGCUCUACGGCGGUCGGAUCGCAGCAGCAGCAGACGGUGAACGACGGGCAGUGCUUGGGGCUGCGGCCCCACGACUCCCAGAUGUGCUCAGAGGCUCCGUGCGAGCAGACGUUCAGCUGGUUCAUCGGCCCGUGGGGCCUGUGCUCGGUGAGCUGCGGCAGGGGAUUGCGCAAGCGGCAGAUCCUCUGCUUCAACCAGGAGCAGCUGAGCCAGGAGUCGGGGCUGUGCCGCUUCCUAGAACGCCCCACUGAGUGGGAGCACUGCAACAGCCAGGCCUGCUACCUUCCUCAAGAGGUGCCCAGCAAAGCGGACCCCCGGGGCUACGACUCCACGGACCAGUCCCUCGCCCUGCAGCCCCAGAGAAACAACGCAUACUGGCCCGCCGCUGAGACCCAGAGCUGCACAACCUCACGGCACGGCUGCUGCCCCGACGGCGUGCUGGAGGCGCAGGGUCCCAGUUUCUGGGGCUGCCCAGGCUACGCGGCGAGUGACGCCAGGGUCCCCAAUGGAUACGACGCGCCGCAGGUCAACAACAACAACCACAACGGCUACAACAACAACGGCUACAACGACGGAGGAUCCAACAAUGGUUACAACCGGAACCCGGGCACCUACGAGAACGGUGGAGGCUGCUGGCAGAGCGCGUACGGAUGCUGCCGUGACCUCGUGACCCCCGCCCGGGGCCCCGAAUUGCAGGGCUGUCCGCAGAGCUACGCGAGUAGCGGCGACCCCGUGUGCGGACUUCCCCUGGACAGCGGCACCUGCUCUGAUUGGUCGGCCAAGUGGUACUUCGUGGCCGACUCAUCCGUGUGCAACCGCUUCUGGCACAGCGGCUGCGGCGGCAACGCCAACCGCUUCGACUCGGAGGAGGAGUGCGUGAAGGCGUGCGCCCACGUCGGGGCGCACAUGUCGCACCACGCCGGCGCCCACCACGGUGCCCACCAGCACAACCAAGGCGGCCACAACGGCAACAACAAUGGCCACGGCGGUGGAGGGAACAACAACAACAACGGCGGCGGCGGUCAUGGUGGCGGUGGCGGCAAUAGUGGCAGCCAUGACAAUCAACAGGGCGGCCACUCCAGCAGCAGCAGCAACAGCCAAUACAGCUACACGUACACCAACUACAGCACACGGGUGCUCAACCAGGACCCGGCGGUGGUGACGGCUCGGAUCGGCCUCCCCGUGCAGCUGCACUGCUGGGUCGCCGGCAACGUGAGGCCCUCCAUGGAGUGGCUGAAGGACGGGCGGCCCAUCUCCGAACAGAGCAGACGGUACAUGGUGCUGUCCAACGGCACGCUGCAGGUUACGGACGUCCUGCAGAGCGACAGCGGCCUCUUCACCUGCCGCGUCACCACCGCUCGCGGCACCAAAUUCCGCAACAUCAACCUCGUCAUAUCCGGUGAGCUGCGCAUCGUGAAGGCCCCGAGCAGCACGCACGUGUCUGAGGGUCAUCACGUGGAGCUGCCCUGCACGGCCUCCGACAAACGGGCCUUCAUCCAGUGGACACGGGACGGCGUGGAGGUGCAGCUGUCGGAGGGCCGCGCUGCGCUGGGCGCCGACGGCGAGCUGGUGCUCUUCUCAGCUCGCACCGACGACUCGGGCCGCUACGCCUGCGUGGCGACGCUGGGAGGGAUCGUGGCGCGCUCGCCGCCCGCCGACCUGCUGGUCGGGGCCACCGCCCGGCGGCCCAUCAACGUCCGCUGGAGCCAACGGCGCGGGAAGAGGGAGAAGCCGAGGCGCGCGCUGGGGCUGGGGGAGAGGGCGCACGGGGUCGCGCGUAGGGUAUGACGCGCGACGGGACGGCCGGAGCGUCGUGGCGGUCCGCUACCAACUGGGGCGCGUCCGCGCGUCCUCGCGAGGACGCGCGGACGCGGCUGCGCGAUGGGAAACACGGUGGGCAGGAUUUGGUCAGGCUUCGUACGUCGCGAGAUCAAAUUAUUUGCGAUUGUCGCGACCGUAGUGAUGUCGGCGCAAUUUGAAUUUUGCAUUUGUCGCAUUUUUGUGCUUGAAGAUCGAUCAAAAGUUGUGAAUUUGCAUGUAACGCAACAUUAGCUUGCCAUGAAUCUUAUUGCAACUUUACAAUCUAUAACGCUUAUAAUGCUGACAGAGAGUGAUGAUGUCAUAACCACCAUGCUGUCAGUUUAUUCGGAAAUCAUCUUACAAAGCACAACAUGUUUGGGUAAUUGCGAUUUUUUUCUUUAAUCAAAGUUUUGUGAAAAAAAAUAGGGUGCUUCGAAAUAAUGUUAACACUUACAUAGGACUAUCGGUUUUUUUGGAAAAGUAACGGAUAAUAAACAUAACAAAUGUAAUGUUAAUAGCUUCAAAAAGUCGUCAAAGAGUCUCCACUUGUUCGCCAUCAUUGUCAACACGUGGCCUGGAAUCUACUCCAGGUGGUCUUCAGAGCCCGGAGGCACAAUUCUUGUGGUAUUGUUGCAAAUUCUCAGAAGUGUUAACAUAUUUUCGAAGCACCCUGUAUUUUGAAAAAAAACAUAAUUAGCUACAAUAAUGACGAUACGAUACCUAGCAAAACAACUAAACAAAUAUCUUGGAGUUUAUGUCGCUUGAUAUAUCGUAUCAUGUCACGGGAAACCUUAUUCUGGUACACAGUUUGUAGCGGGUGAGCUUUAGACGCGCCAGAGAAUGUUUCUUUUCCAGUUGGCGGAAAAAACGUCACUGUCCGUCGCUAACGAUCGGGCAAAUCGCCUGAGUUAACGAUUAUUAAGCUCCAGUUGCCGUCACUCACCCCCACGGUGCAGCUGUCGGCGAUGACCAAUCAUCAGGCGCAUGCAGUGUCACGGCUGGAAGUGCACCGUCACAGCUGGAAUGCUGCAUUGUGGGGCAGCGCGAGGACUGGACUUUGAGAAUCUCUGGCCUAGGUGAUGCAUUUUAUUAACCGUUUCCUCACAAUGCAAAUCUUGGCCUAGUGUAAUUUGUCAGUUUUCAAUCCGAGUAAUUAUUUGUUUUGUUCACACUGAUAACUGUGCUCUAUCACUGCGUGCGCACUCACAAUUGUGCCACGCACGUCUGAUGUGGUUUUUUUUUUGAGUCGCAUCGCAUGUUGUGUGGCAAAAUGUCUGACGAUUUGGAGAGCUGAACUGCGCUCCGUAUUAUUUGAAUGUCAUCGUUGUGCAGUCGCUGGCCAUCAGUGACAUUUUCCGUGAUCUCACCAGUAUUUCAAAACUAUUCACUUGAGUGUUUUAAAUCUACAUCAGUCACGGAAGCAUAAUUUUCUACGAAUAAAUUAAGAUUUUCUUAAAAUGUCCCCCCCCCCCCAAUUAUCUUGAAAUUGUGUUAUUGCCAUCUUGGUGUGAGGUGACAAGAUUCUAAUUUGGAACUAUUCAGCUAGCAGUGCACCACCCUGUGCCAGGGAAUGGCCACACCAGGUGACUUCACCUGAGUAAUCUUGAUUUGAGGCUUUCGUGACUGCAGGAAUCCAUACUCUUUGGUUGUUUUGGUAAAGUUAUCACGUAGGUGACGUGGGUGACUUUACCGAAAGAACCAAAGAGUAUUCACCUGAGUAGAUUACUUUAUCGACAUUAGUGGUCCAUAUUUGUAAGGGAACUUUUUUUUUUCAAAUGUGUGUUCUUUUAACUUUAAGCAUUGGGCGUCUAAUUCAUUUUUUGUGGCAUUCCUGUGUGUACCGGUCAGCCAGUGCUCUCGCGGUCGGCUUACAAGGCCGGUGAAGGCCUCAUCUAGGUUUGGCCUACGGGAAGCACAAGGCCAUUGAAUCCACUCCCAACGGUGGAGAUUCCCUCCUCACCAUUUGGCCAGAGAUUGAUCGCAGCUCUUAAGGGCGUGCGCACGGGUGCCCUACUCAACCUCUGUCAGUGUUCGGCAGGGCAUCAUUUGAGCCGGAGCUGUCCGAGGCUGAGCUACAGAAAAUAUUUCCCUGCUCCCCCUUACCACCGCUAUUGGGGGAUAAUGGAGGUGGUCCAGGGGGGUUGGGGUUUGGGGGGACCCCGGAAGAUAAUCCGUGAGAAAUUAAGCCCCCGGUGUUGGGUGAAAUUGGACACGUAUGUUGUAUGUAUGUUGAACUUCUUUCGCACCGUGUGUAGCCAACUGCACUAAUCGGAGGCGUGACGCAUCAGUUGUGGUGAUAUUUCGUUUUGUGCAUUUUUUUUAUUUUGGCUUCUAUUAACCUAUUUUUUAAAUUGUGUCUCCCGCAAAUUGGCUUGCAUGCUAAUUUAUAGUGAUGAUGUAACCACUAUAAAUCGGAUAUCAGCUAGUUUGCAGGUGCUAGGUGGAUUGAUGCAUCACAGGAAUUGGCUCGUGAUGAUGACAGUUAUAUUUUUUUGGCUGGUGAUGAUGCAGUUCUGCCUUUAGGCAUGUAAUGAUGAAUCCAUCCAUCAAUGAAAAUUAAUGAGCCAUUAGAAACAUCACAUGUGCACGUGCUCAUGUGUGCGAGCGGAGGGUGGUUGGGCCUGUGUGUGAGUGGUGGUUAGCGCAACUGCGCAUUCAACCCAGCCACCUGAGUUCAAUUCCUGGCCAUGGCUAAAAACCAGUGGAGAAUAUCCUGGCCUCAGCCUUUAGUGACUACCUGGUGCAGUGUGUAAACAAUAGCACUGGAGAAACAAAGGCGGCUGGGCAUGGUGCUGACGACACCAUCCCCCUUGUGCAUCGUGCUGGCCUUGAUAGGCGCUCGCUAACAGCACUCGCCCCCCCCCCCACCAGCCUGUGAAAGGCUACACGAGGGAUAUUUGUGCAUCGGAAGGAGACGCGAUUAUGGGAAAGAUUUUAGGUUAAGGAUUAGAUUUUAAAAAUCCUUUAUUUUAGGCUUUUCUUUUCCUGUAAGAUGAGCUGAGAUGGAAAGGACUGUGUUUUGCCUAUGUUUCGAGAAAUGCCGUCACCGGUGACUUUCCUAGUUUGAUUUCUUUAUUGUGCUGAAAAGUACGAGGUAAUUUAAUUCAUUUUCUUAAACCCCCCCCGACUUCUGUCCACCCAGCAUUAUGAAUGAGUUACACCACAGCAGGUCGCGUUUGGUGGGGUAAAAGUGCCGGUGCUUCCACCUCUUCCAGUGUGGAAGAUGUCCGGUCGGUAUGGAAGAGUAGGCCAAACAGCCUCUAAAGGGGUUCUUCGAGAGCUCCGUCGAGCAAAGACAUCAUCAGCCAGCAGCGGUGCGAGCAAGCAUUUGCAGGGCCGCUUCUUUAUCUUUUUCCGACUUAAUUCUGAAAAGUGUAACGGGAAUAACGUUGGAUUUCAGCGUCAUCUUCCGAGCUUGCUGCAUUGUGCGUACGACUGAGUUGAGCUUGCGGGUGGCAUCACCGAAGGUGACGUGGAGAGAUGUACAUAUUUUUUCGUUGAGUUGUGUUAUCGAACGCCGUCGAGAGAUGCAACAAUGUGAAUUUCGACCGGGUGCAUUCGGUGGGAAGUCUGCGUGAGGAUGAGAGGUGUAAACAGUCGACGGCGUUGUUUGACAAUAGCGUCUGAAAGUAAGCUGGGAGGGAAAGGAAAACAAAUCCAGCGUGCAGUUUAAAAACGAUUUCAAGUGCUUAUAUUUUUUUUAUUUUUAAACGUUUUAUUUUCAUUUUAAUCUCAACAAAUGCAAAAUAAUCCCGUGGCUGAGCGCCAAACGGAAAUAAAAUAAAUCCCUUAAAACUUUUUGCCAAACACGCGCGCUUGCACGCUUAGUACCCUCACAUGUACGUACCUUGUAAUUUCUUUUUAGAAAAAAAAAUAUCUGUAAAUUCACCUCCGUUUGCCGUUUAAAUAAAGAACUUUUCGCACUACA